AUGAACAUUCUCGCUGUUGGGGACAUGGAUGCGCCUGAGCAGACCUUUCCUGCUGAUCCUGGGAUGGGCCAUGGCAGCGUAUCAGAUGGAUCUUCCAUGCACCUGGUUGAUACUUAUCUACAAAACCCUUCCCAGCCACAUGGCACAAUGAAUCUUGACAAUCGUCAUGCUUCUGAACUCCCCUGCACUUCUUCUCAAGUACAGCAUUCUGACUAUUUGCAUGCCCCACCUUUGCCAUUCAAUCCACAGUAUUUCGGCCCUCCAAAUCAUCCACCUGGCUAUUCCACAGGCCCUCCGCAUUCACUAGUUUGCGGGUAUCCACAGCAGCUACCUGGGUCCCAUCAGGGUCCCUGUCCAUCCACGGUGCAACAUCGGCACUUUCAGUACGGACCGGGUGAUCCUUGGCUGUCAAGCCUCAACUUUCCACCUCACCCGCAAUUCUUGAACUCGCACAAUCCUCCGAUCAAUCCACCCGCUGCGAUGGCCACUGUGCCGCCAUGCUCGGACGACCCCAAUGAUCUCUAUCACACUUCGAUGCGUCCAUGCCAAAUGGCCCAUCGGAGGUACCUCAGGUGGAUCCACACGGUCUAUGGACCUGAGAUGUCACCUCUCACUUUUGUUCGAGAAUGGUGCCAGGCUCUAGAUGGAAUCAGAGCGCAAUUUGGACCGUUCUGUUUGCUGGACGUCAUCAUCUUCAAUCAGUUUCUGACGGCCGUCGCUUUCAAUCCUCAGGCCCAUGCUUGGGUGGACUCCAUCCAUGUCCCCAUGGACAACGUACUCCCACCCACUCUCAUGGACCAGGUUUAUGUGGACUUCCAGGUGUACGAGUCCCGCCGCAUGCACCUACCCUUGGAUUCAUGGAGCUUUGAGAGCGUGGUGGCAUACAUCCCGCAAGGUGAAUGGGUGGUUACACAUUACUGUCCAUUCCACCGUGUGCUUGGGUUCCAUUCCAUGGAAAAUUGCUGUUUGCACCCGAUGCGAAAGCCAAAUGGAAAGGUUCGGGGAACUCUGAGCCACAAAGCUGAGCAAACACACCACUGA